GAGAGCGAGAGUGAGUGAGUGUGAGUGCGGGGUGGGGUGGUGGCCGUUACGUUCGGGGCAACGGCUACUGCUGUGGAGAAGUAAGAAGAGAAACAACGUCCGGCGCUUCCGCCUUCGCUGAGGAGGAGGAGAAGGAGCUGGUAGGAAAAGGAAAGUGAUCCGUCCUGGGCCUGGACCAGACCCGAGUCGGGCUGGUGGGGGUCCGGGCUAUGAGCCUGUGAGGGUCGCCUGGGACGCGGAGCGAGACUCGCCGGCCGAGAGCUAUGUCCCAGCCGCCGCCGCCGCCUCCGCUGCCGCCGCCGCCGCCACCCCCCGAGGCCCCACAGACUCCGUCGUCUCUGGCGUCGGCGGCGUCCAUAGCUCCGGGGGGGCUCUCGAAGCGGAGAGAUCGGAGAAUCCUCUCCGGGAGCUGCCCGGACCCCAAGUGCCAGGCGCGUCUCUUCUUCCCGGCCUCCGGUUCUGUCAGCAUCGAGUGUACCGAGUGCGGACAGCGGCACGAGCAGCAACAGCUGCUGGGGGUGGAGGAGGUCACCGACCCGGACGUGGUGCUGCACAACCUGCUGCGGAACGCGCUGCUCGGGGUGACGGGGGUCCCCAGGAAGAACACGGAACUGGUCAAGGUGAUGGGCCUUUCCAACUACCACUGCAAGUUGUUGUCGCCCAUCUUAGCUCGCUAUGGCAUGGACAAACAGACAGGCCGGGCCAAGCUUCUGCGGGACAUGAACCAGGGGGAACUGUUCGACUGUGCUUUGCUGGGCGAUCGCGCCUUCCUCAUCGAACCAGAACAUGUCAACACGGUGGGCUAUGGCAAGGACCGCUCUGGAAGCCUUCUGUAUUUGCACGACACCCUCGAGGACAUCAAGCGAGCCAAUAAGAGUCAGGAGUGCCUCAUUCCAGUGCAUGUGGACGGGGAUGGGCACUGCCUGGUGCACGCCGUGUCUCGGGCCCUGGUAGGCCGGGAGCUUUUCUGGCAUGCCUUGAGAGAGAAUCUGAAGCAGCACUUUCAGCAGCACCUGGCCCGAUACCAAGCACUGUUCCAUGACUUCAUUGAUGCCGCUGAGUGGGAGGACAUUAUCAAUGAGUGUGACCCUCUGUUUGUGCCACCUGAAGGCGUUCCCUUGGGUCUGAGGAACAUCCACAUAUUUGGGCUUGCCAAUGUGCUACAUCGUCCUAUUAUCCUGUUAGAUUCCCUCAGCGGGAUGAGAAGCUCUGGCGAUUAUUCAGCCACUUUUCUGCCUGGACUCAUCCCUGCAGAGAAGUGUACUGGGAGAGACGGUCACUUGAACAAACCAAUCUGUAUUGCGUGGAGUAGUUCCGGUAGAAACCAUUAUAUCCCCUUGGUAGGCAUAAAGGGGGCUGCUUUGCCCAAACUUCCAAUGAAUUUGCUUCCUAAAGCAUGGGGCGUGCCUCAGGACCUUAUCAAAAAGUACAUCAAACUUGAGGAUGAUGGUGGCUGUGUGAUUGGAGGAGACAGAAGUUUGCAAGACAAGUACUUACUUAGACUUGUUGCUGCUAUGGAAGAGGUCUUUAUGGACAAACAUGGUAUCCAUCCUAGUUUGGUUGCUGAUGUCCACCAGUAUUUCUACAGAAGGACUGGGGUGAUAGGAGUGCAGCCUGAAGAAGUUACAGCAGCUGCUAAAAAAGCAGUCAUGGAUAAUCGCCUUCACAAAUGUUUGAUGUGUGGUGCCCUUUCCGAACUUCAUGUUCCUCCGGAGUGGUUGGCUCCAGGAGGGAAAUUGUAUAACCUGGCAAAAGGUACUCAUGGGCAGCUGAGGCCUGACAAAAAUUACAGCUUUCCCUUAAACAAUUUGGUGUGCUCCUACGAUACAGUGAAAGAUGUUCUGGUACCAGACUAUGGAUUGAGUAAUCUAACAGCUUGUCAUUGGUGCCAUGGCGCGUCUGUGCGUAGGGUCAGAGGAGAUGGGUCUAUUGUGUAUUUGGAUGGAGACAGAACUAAUAAUAAGUCUGCUGGUGGCAAAUGUGGUUGUGGAUUCAAGCACUUUUGGGACGGUAAAGAGUAUGACAAUCUACCGGAAGCUUUUCCUAUCACUUUGGAGUGGGGUGGAAGAGUGGUCAGAGAAACGGUGUAUUGGUUCCAGUAUGAAAGUGAUCCAUCUUUGAACAGUAAUGUUUAUGAUGUUGCAAUGAAACUUGUUACCAAGCACUUUCCCGGUGAAUUUGGGAGUGAAAUCCUAGUUCAGAAAGUUGUCCAUACUAUCUUGCAUCAGACUGCCAAAAAGAAUCCUGAUGAUUAUACUCCUGUAAACAUAGAUGGUGCUCACGCCCAUAGAAUCGGGGAUGCACAGGCACAAGAAUCGGAGUCUCAGCUCCCUACGAAGAUUAUCCUUACCGGGCAGAAGACAAAGACUUUACACAAAGAGGAGUUAAACAUGAGUAAAACUGAAAGAACUAUUCAGCAGAAUAUUACAGAACAGGCUUCUGCAAUGCAGAAACGGAAAACAGAGAAGUUAAAACAAGAACAAAAAGGGCAUCCCAGGACUGUUUCUCCCAGUGCCAUUCGUGAUGGUCCGUCCUCUGCACCUGCCACCCCCACCAAGGCUCCUUACUCACCUACAACUUCCAAGGAGAAGAAGAUCCGAAUAACAACAAACGAUGGCCGGCAGUCCAUGGUUACGCUUAAAUCUUCAACGACCUUUUUUGAACUCCAGGAAAGUAUAGCCAGAGAAUUCAACAUUCCUCCCUAUUUGCAGUGUAUUCGGUAUGGUUUUCCUCCUAAAGAGUUAAUGCCACCACAGGCAGGAAUGGAAAAGGAGCCAGUUCCCUUACAGCAUGGUGACAGAAUCACAAUAGAGAUUCUGAAAAGUAAAGCAGAAGGUGGCCAGCCUGCUGCAGCCCACUCAGCCCACACUGUGAAACACGACGAGAUUGCUGCGACUGGUAAGCUGUCUAAGGAACUUCAGGAGCAAGCUGACAAAGAGAUGUACUCCUUGUGUCUUUUAGCAACGUUGAUGGGAGAAGAUAUAUGGUCCUAUGCGAAAGGACUUCCACACAUGUUUCAGCCAGGUGGUGUCUUCUACAACAUUAUGAAGAAAACCAUGGGUAUGGCUGAUGGCAAACAUUGUACUUUCCCACAUCUACCUGGCAAAACCUUUGUCUAUAACGCUUCUGAAGAUAGACUGGAGCUGUGUGUGGAUGCUGCAGGACAUUUCCCCAUUGGCCCUGAUGUUGAAGAUUUAGUUAAAGAGGCUGUAAGUCAGGUUCGAGCCGAAGCUACUACAAGAAGCAGAGAAUCAAGUCCCUCUCAUGGGCUGUUAAAACUAGGUAGUGGUGGCGUAGUGAAAAAGAAAUCUGAACAACUUCAUAAUGUAACUGCCUUUCAGGGGAAAGGGCAUUCUCUAGGAACUGCAUCCAGUAGCCCACACCUUGAUCCAAGAGCUAGAGAAAUAAAGCAUAACACAGGGACAGACUUUAGUCCUAGUGCCACCAAAACAGAGCCUCCUGCAUUCACGUCUGUUUCUGGUAGCAGUGAGCUGGUUCGAAUGGCACCCGGGGUAGUCACAACCAGAGAUGGCAGGAAGCUGGAUCCUGAAGUGGUUGAGGCCCAGCGAAAAAAAUUGCAGGAAAUGGUUUCUUCUAUCCAGGCUUCAAUGGACAAACACUUACGAGAUCAAAGUACAGAGCAGUUACCAUCUGACCUUCCUCAAAAAGAAGUUGGGAGUUCUGGGAAUCUUCAGACUGGCAUGACUGAGUCUUGUUCUUUAACUGGUGGCACUGAAAAUUUGAAUACAGAAACAACUGAAAGCUGUGUGGCAGAUACAUUGGGAACAGAGCUUGCCACAAGGUCAGAAGCACAAAAGGGAAAUUCUGUGGAAGAACCUGAAGAGAUGGAUAGUCAAGAUGCCGAGAUGGCUAACACAACUGAGCCAAUGGAUCACUCUUGAUUUAGUUAGAGGCUGAUAAAGGCAGUGUUUAUUGUGAAUAUGUAAUAUUUGUUGGCUGGGCCACAUAACUUGAUUAGUCAUUAAAAAUCUUGUAUGUAUGUAAUUCAGAGAUUAUAUCUUGUUAUUCAGUGCAUGAUAGCAGUGUGUGAUUGGCAAUAGCUUUUAAUAUUCUGCUGCCCAGGCUGGCUCUGAGUUCCUGUAAGCUAGUUAUUAGAUCUGCUGAGAUGAGUUUCCUCCAUAGAUGUAUGUAGUUAAUUGGAAGUUCUUUGUCAUUUUAAUUCCAUGAAAGUUUUAAUGUUUCAAACAUGAAAAUUCUCUUACUGAAUUUGCUUCAUUUCUGAAAAGGCCAGAACAGGGAGGAAGUGAGAUUUUGCUAAUGUUGAUGUUGUCAAGAUAACCAUUCCUAAAUUUAUUAAUGUGUCAAAAGAUUUAGGUAAAUCUGACGGUUGAACUAAAUUAUAUCUUAAAGUACAGAAAAUGCUUCAUUAAACAGAUUCUGACAUUUCCAUGGAUGUGAACACAUUCACAGGUAUAAGUAUUCUUAGCAAAAAAUAUCUUGAAAAUGGAGUGUAACGAUACAAUUUGCUGAUUUGAGCAAAGUUGAAGAAAAAUGUCUAUUCUAGAAUGAUAGUCAGUGUGAUUCAGUUAUGUUGCUGUCUGAGCCAACACAACCAGUAGUGUGCUCUGUUGUUGAUAAUAUGUUACCAUUAGUUGUUGAGUCCUGGCCUAGUCAAGAAUCACCUAAUUUUUUUUUUUUUUUAAUCUUGCAGAAAAGUGGAUUGCAAAUUGUGGUAGAAAAUUAAAGAAAUAAUGGUAGCAGUAGUUAAUCUCUAAUUUUCAGAGUUUGUCAGAUUCACAGAGAAUAAAUAUAAUAAGAAUUUAUCUUUAUGGAUAAGUUACACUGUUUUACAGUUUUGAUCAAUGGUAUUUAAGCCUGUAUAUGCUAAGUGUCUUUGAGCCAAAAAUGUUUCCUUUCUUUAGUAGAGUCCAAAAGGUAUUCUUUGUUUGCUUCACUUGGAUUUGGAUGCGUAUUUUCCUGCAUCAUAACCUGACUAACAGCGUUUGCUUGAUAGUGUAUUUCAGCAAAUCUUUAGUGCCAGUGUCCUUGAGAAGCAGCUUUCAUGCAUUAUUCCUUGAAGAAAAGAGUGUUCAAUCAGAUUGGUAUUGCACUAUUUUAUCCUAUUCUGCAAAUCUGUAUUCUGAAUUGUACAUUUCAACCCAUCUUCCUCCACUGUUUGCCGAAAUUAAGUUGAAUUUGAGUGGAUGAAAGACAAGAUGUAUGUUAAUACAGUCUCUUACCUAGAGCAUUCAAAGCCUGGCCGUCUCUGUUUGCACAUGUAACAGAUGCACAAGUGCUUGCAGUUCUAAAGGAAAGUGUAUCAGGUGUUUAAAAAUCUUUAUCUGUUGAUUUAUAAGGGAUAUAGACAGGAUAUAAACAUGUUUCAGAUAAGAGAGGUUUUGCUUCUUUCUAUGAAAGUAUCUGUAACUGUAUCUUCAUAUUAAACAAACUACUUCAUUUUUAAUAAAGGAAAGAUUGGAGAAUCCAGACAUUUUACAAAAGCAUCUGAGCAAGAUAUAUACAUAUAUUAUUCCAAAUAGCUUUUGCCACGCUUUCUUUUAUAAUAUUUUGUUUCCAUUCUUCUAUUUAGAAAUUUAGUUUUAAAUAUCUGUGUAUCUAAAUAGCAGGAAAAUUUAGAAUCUCUACAUUGUGCACUAGUUUUGCCUAAGGUAAGAGAUGCAGCUACCAAAUAAUAUUUGUCACUUAAUAUAGCUAGCUUCUGUGCAUUAAGAAUAUCCGUUCACUAACCACUAUGAUUUUUGGCCAUUUCAGCCAUUGGAAUGUUUUUUCUUUUUUCUUUCCCUUUUUUUUUUUUGGACUUAAAUAUGAUAAAACAAUAUUUAAUGAGCAAAAAAAUGAACUGCUUCCCAAUUAUAUAAUCAUCUCUAACAAAUACUUUCUUCACCUGUGGCUUGGUAUGUUUAGUUAAUAACUGACAAAUCUUACAGGAUUCAAGUAAAAGUAUCAAGAAGUAAAUUUUAUCUCCCAAUUAAAUACUUCAAUUUAGUAUAAGUUAGAAUGUGAACUUGUGAACAUUAGAAGAUGGGCUUUCUUUCUGAUAGUACUUACUGGUUUCUGUGGCCACAGGGAUAGUCUCUAGAAGUCAGGUAUGGAUAAUACAGUAACAGUUUGGAUUCUCCCUUUGAUAAAGAAUAAAAGGCUUGAUUCUGAGAACUGA